AUGGUCUCCUUCUGGAGAUACCCCAGUGAGGAGUAUGACAUGGUGACUGAAGAUGAAUAUAUCCUUCAGAUUAACAGAAUUGCUUAUGGGAGAGAAAAUGCUGGAAACAAAGAUGCUGGCUAUGAUGUUUGGAUAGGAAACAGCAGAGGGAACACUUGUUCCAAGCAACAUCGGGUCCUCUCUCCCAAAUGAAAGGAAUUCUGGGCUUUCAGCUUUGAUGAAAUGGCUAAACAUGACCCACCAGCAAUUAUAAACAUUAUUGAACAGAAAACAGGACAAAAGCAGUUAUGUUACAUUGGUCAUUCACAAGGCACCACUAUAGCUUUUGUAGCCUUUUCCACUAUACCUCACCUGGCUCAGAAGUUAAUGUACUUUGCUUUAGCACCUGUGGCCACAGUCGCAUUUAUUCAAAGUCCAUUUAAAAAGCUAUCAUUCUUUUCUGACUAUGGUCUCAAGGUGUGUUGGUCCUUUGCACAGACUAUUCCACAUAGCCAUAAUGAAUGUAUUUUUUCAUAGGGAUUCUGAGAUGACCUACAUAGCAAAUUUCAAAUCAUUUACAGAGAGAUGAACUUUUUGCUCUGUC